CAUCUUGGCUGAAUCCUGCGCCUGCGCAGUCCUGCGUGUCUGACCUUCAGUGCGGUAAUCAUGUUCGCGAGGACCAGCGCGUUGGUUUUCUCCCCACAAUGUGGGCAGGUCAGGAACAUGGCUACCCUGAAGGACAUCACCAUUCGGUUGAAGUCCAUCAAAAACAUCCAGAAAAUCACCAAGUCCAUGAAAAUGGUGGCCGCUGCCAAGUACGCUCGUGCUGAAAAGAGCCUGAAGCCAGCCAGAGUCUACGGCACGAGCGCUCUGGGUGAGUUCACCUCUCCUCCGUCACUUCCUGUCGAUGAUUUAAAUUUUGUAACG